AUCGAACCGCACAAGUGAGAAGCGACCCAGGUCGGACUACUCACUUCGUCUUAAACCAGUAUUUAUUUUUACAUUUUAAAUUCACAAAUGUUGAGAUUGGUACUCAUAGUGUAGAUUUCAUAGUCGGCCAUUUUGUUUCGAGUUCGUGUGCAAAAUGGCUUCCAACUACACGGACGUUAUCGGGAAUAUGGCGUAUCCAUUGAAAUUGGUAGCCAGAGAGGUGGAAGAGCACAUGCUAGGAUGGAACAUUCCCGAAGAACACCAAGACAUGGUGCACGAGCACUGGCGCGCGUUCCCCGCCGUCAGCAAAUACUGGCACUACUGUAUGGCGCUCAUCUACACCAUGCUUAUGGUCACGUCGCUCACUGGCAAUGGGAUCGUUAUAUGGAUCUUUAGCACUUCAAAAUCCCUGCGCAGCGCCAGCAACAUGUUCGUGAUAAACCUGGCGAUCUUUGACAUGAUGAUGAUGCUGGAGAUGCCGUUGCUCAUCAUCAACUCCUUCUACCAGCGGACUGUGGGCUAUCAGCUCGGAUGCGACAUAUAUGCUGCACUCGGCUCGCUGUCUGGUAUUGGAGGUGCUAUUACCAAUGCCGUGAUCGCAUUUGAUAGAUACAAAACGAUAUCCUGCCCGCUGGACGGCCGCAUCAACAAAGUGCAGGCGUCCCUUCUCAUCGUGUUCACCUGGUUCUGGGCCAUGCCCUUCACAAUCCUGCCCUGGGUCCAAGUUUGGGGAAAAUAUGUACCAGAGGGUUUCCUGACGACGUGCUCAUUCGACUUUCUGACUAACGACCAGGACACGAAGGUGUUCGUGGCCUGCAUCUUCAUGUGGAGCUACUGCAUCCCCAUGACGCUCAUCUGCUACUUCUACUCACAGCUCUUCAGUGCGGUACGCCUUCACGAGCGUAUGCUCCAAGAGCAAGCCAAGAAAAUGAACGUGAAGUCACUGGCGGCGAAUAAGGAGGACGCUGGCAAGAGCGUCGAAAUCCGCAUCGCUAAAGUAGCCUUCACUAUUUUCUUCCUCUUCGUCUGCGCCUGGACGCCGUACGCGUUCGUUGCGAUGACUGGAGCCUUUGGAGACAGGAGUAUACUGACGCCAGUGGCCACGAUGAUCCCAGCGGUGUGCGCUAAAGUGGUGUCCUGUAUAGACCCAUGGGUGUACGCCAUCAACCACCCCAGAUACAGGGCCGAGCUAGAGAAGCGCCUGCCAUGGCUGGGCGUGCGCGAACAGGACCCUGACGCAGUGUCCCGCACCACCAGCGUCAACACGGCCACCACGGGACCUCAGGUUGAGGCCUAAACACUUGAACAAUCCUGUCCUGUCUUUUUAACUAUAGAACUCCCAUGAGACUCAAACACAGAAAUAAAUAUACCAUAGAAGACGCAAAUGCAUCUACUUCGCGUGUCCGAACCAAGCGUCGAGGUUGACCGUCGCUCUUUACAGUCCACGCCGCCGGUUGUUGCAGCCGGACGUCCGUGAAAACUUAAAAAAUGCUUCGUUGCAUGAUAAUUAACUGCAACAGCCCAAAAAUUGCGAGCACCCAAAGGCAAGUACAUAUUUCCUACCACAGUUUGCCACCGUCGUGGUAUAAAAAAAAAAGUCAUUUUAAAAUUAUAUUAUGCGUAAAUUUUGUAUGGAAAAGUCGGCACGCUUAGUUUCAAUACAAAUCGUGGUAUUUGCGUCAUCUAGCGUAUAUAUUAAAUCUGUGGACUCAAACAUAUUAAAACCCGUGACCGUGUCGUUGCUCCGUGAAGAGGAUCCUCGUAAAUUGGAUCGAAACAUGUGGAGCUAUUCGACUGAAUAAUACGUGAGUGACCCGUUUUAAAAUAAUUUUAAUCUGUCCUGUCUCAUGCUGGGCCACACGAAACGCGUUAAUUAUAGCGUUAAUUCAACGUCUUUCAUACGGCCUCACUGGGAUUAUCGCGAUAAUCAACGGCGUUUCCCGCCGUUCCCCGUUAGUGUGGCCCCAGCAUUAUGUAAUCAGUACAAAUCUCAUGUGCAGCAGCAAGGCAACCGUAGACAGUGUAGACACCGAUGUUUAUAUUUAUGCCCCAAAUUAAGGCAAUGUUUCUUAUUGUCACUUUUCAGAGCUGCUGUUUCAAAUCACGGCACAUGGUGUCGUCCCCCUCCCCCCCUAAGAUUUGCAGGACUUCUUUAAUUAAACCGCCAUAUAAUGGGGCGUCCCGGAAGUAAAGAGACAAAUUUAUUUUCAAAAUAUGAAAUGUAAGGUAAAGAUUAAAAGUAAUGAUUUUGGUUGAAAGUAGUCACAAAGUUAAUUAACUUAUUAGAUUCAUACCGAAUUUGCUCCUACGACAACUGAAAUAUUUUUUUCUUAGAUUUUUCGCGGCCUGUCAUACUACGGCUUUUCCCGAUUUUGCAGCCACUCCUUUUGCCAUACAAAGUAUUUCCAAAAAAAUUGGCUUUUGGUACAAUUUUUUGGUCCUAAGUCACAUCUAUACGACUGAAUGGAAGUUAAUGAAUGGUUGUACGGAAAAGUUUCCUUCAUAAGCAUCAUUGGGAUUCGUCGGAACAUAGGUUCAAUCGUCAAUAAAUCGUUGAGUAUUUUUUUCAGCUAACUUUUAUAAACUUAUUGGUUACCUCUUUUGGUAUGCACCUCUUGGUCCUUUACAUAACUAGAAGCAGUUUGUUGCGCAUAUGGUUUUAAACCUAGAUCGUUCUUUUUUCAUUCUGGCGACAGACGGCUUUGAUACUUUUAAUUUAUCCGCUGCCACUCUGACGGACGUUAAAGGAGUCUUAUCAAAAUAGAUUUAACUCUGUUAAUAUAUAUUUUGAGGUACCGUGAUUUUCCUAUUUCUAACCGGAAUCUUCUUAAAACUAAUUCCACCGGUUUCUUCAUAAAGUCUUAUUAUUGUAUAAUGUAUAUACACAGUUUGUCUAGCUUUUACUUGAAAAAAGUGUUUUACUCUAUCCUUUUUUAUUUAUUUAUUUAAUAAAAUACAGAGUAUUCUUACAAUAAUCAUAGGCCCGCAAAACUCAAUAAAGAGUUUGACUGUUUUAGUACGAGACUCGUAAAAUAAAGGCAAUUUUGAAUAAUCCUAUUAACAAGUGCUUCAUAUUCUGAUCAUUCAUUUUGAAAAACUAAUACGCAGUAACGAAAUUAAAUGACACUUUAAAUGACAGAUAACGAAAUCGUAGAUGCAACGACACCAAAACUUUUCUUUUGUUUUAAUAAUACUUUCUGCUAGUAAGACUUUGAAAGUUGUCUCUUUACUUCCGGGACAGCCUUUAGUUAACUUAAAUUCUUGUUUUAUUACGUAGGUACUUAUCUGACAUGCCUAAAUAAAUAAAAAUACAAAUAAAUAAAAUAAACAAACAAAUAAAAAAAUAAGUGAAUAAUAAAUAAAUAAGUGAGUGGUUCUAUCUAUCUAUCUAUACCUAAACUACCUAAUUGAUUACAACAAUAUUCAGAUAAAGUAAUUAUAAGUGUGGCUUACUCGUACCUCCUAUUCAUUUCUAUUACUCAAUUCAAGGUUUUACCUAUCAGAUCACAGUGAAUUUUACAAAUGUAUAAACAUACAUUCCAAAUUACCUACAAAAUGAGACAAUAGAAAAACCUUAAAUGAAUGAAUCAAACAUCAAGAUUAUUUAAAAACGUAUUCGGGUAAAAAUAACAUAUUCUAUCAUGUAGAUUAAAAAAGGAUUUUUCAAAGCAGAAUAUUAGCGUUCGUCCCUCGGGGCUCUCAAUAAUGGAAGCCUUAACGCAUCUGUAUUUCAAAUUCAAUGGAUUGCUGUUUGUUAUCAAAUAAAUUCAUUUACUUAAAAAGCUUUUAGUAAUUCGAGAAAAGCAUUAAUUUUGAUGGUUAAUUUUUUAGGUAUCUUUUAUUUAGAAAGACGAGCUUCAAUUUAGAAUUUAAUUAGAGUAAUGAAAUAUUUCAAUGCCUAUUUUAAUGGAUUGAGAUUUGUAUAGAUUGCAUUAUUAUUUUGUAUUAUAUAUUAAGUAAGUAUUUAUUAUUGAUAUACUUUGAGUACGAAUCUCUGAUUCACAUAAUUUUAAUACUUAUUAUUAUAUCGGAUCUUUGAUUAAAGACUAAUGACCGGCUGCCCUAAUGGAUUCUGAUGACGCUAUAUUUUUUUUACAAUGGAAGCAAAAUAUAAAAUUACAAAAAAAAUGUACGGACCGAUCCCGACGACAAUGGCUAACGACUUUGAAGCAAAUAAAAUUGAAUAUUGCAAACAA